CAAUUUUUAAGGAAGCUUUUCUUUAUCUUUUCAUUUUUUUGGCUUGGAACUAGCAAUUCUUUAUAGAAGUAUUCUUUUAAGAAAGCACAGAAUUUUGCAAUGAGUAAGCCUCCUCCUCAAUACUUUUUGUGAGCUACAUGUUAUUUGGGAUGCAAGUAAUUUUAAUUCUGUUUCCAUUUUGAGUUAUUCCGUCGCUUGCUACAUAGUUUUGCUUGCAAUAUAUUGUCUAGUCUAUUACGUAUGGUACUCUCCCAUCUCAUAAUUGUGAUAAACUGUUACUGGUCUUCUUGACACACACCCCAUCUUUUUCCUCUUUUUUUUAGUUUAAUGUAAUUUUUUACUAUUCAUUUAGUUGUCUGUGCUAUUUCAUUUAUUUAGACAUUGACAAGAACUGGAUUACAAAGCCUCGAGGUAGUGUAGAGUAUAGGAAUGGUUUGAAUAGAUUCCUUGACUUCGCAUUUGCUAAUUCAUCAUCCGAUGGGAUGAUACAUUGUCCAUGCCCUUUGUGUGGGUUCCGAUUUUUUCAAACUAGAGAGGACGCCUACGAUCAUCUUCUGAUGAAACCCUUUCCCCCUAACUAUACCUUCUGGUUACAUCACGGUGAGAGGAUAGUGGACGAGAGACCUAGCGGUAGGGAAGAAUUAGAACCCACCAUAAAUUCAGGAGAUCAAAUUCGUGACAUGGUCCACGACGCAUUCAACUUCCCGGGACUGCAGAGUGACGAUGAAGACUCGAUGAAUGGUCACGUCGAAGACGUUGCGGAGGGGUUGCCGUACAUAUCUGACGAACCUAGCCGCGAGACUCGUGCCUUUCACGACUUGCUAGAGGAUGGCGAGCAGGAAUUGUAUCCGGGAUGCUCAAAAUUCUCGAAACUGUCUUUCUUGGUGAGGCUUUACCAUAUCAAGUGCAUGUGUGGAGUGAGUGACAAGGCUUUCGGUUUGAUUCUAGAGCUACUGGGGGAUGCCUUUGAGCAUGCAGUGAUUCCGAAGACGUUGCACGAUGCCAAGAGGAUCAUAAAGAAGCUCGGAAUUGAGUAUAAGAAGAUAGAUGCAUGUCCAAAUGACUGCAUGCUGUAUCGGGGCUCCGAUCAGGAUCUGUCUAGAUGCAAACAGUGUGGAGCAUCCAGGUGGAAGCAAAAGACCCGGAAGAAUUCCAUAAUAAGGAUCAACGCCAUUGUCAAGAAGAAUGGGAAACCUCUGCCGGCGAAGAUUCUCCGCUACUUUCCUCUGAUUCCACGGUUGCAGCGAUUAUUCAUGUCCAGCAAGACAUUAGUAGACAUGUUGUGGCACAAGAGAGGAACCAACUCUGACGGUUUCUUGAGGCAUCCCAGAGACGGUGAGGGUUGGAAAGCAUUUGACAUGAGAUAUACUAACUUUUCUGGUGAUCCGCGCAGUGUUCGCUUAGCCCUGGCCAGUGAUGGCUUCAAUCCUUAUGGAAACCUCAGUUCAAAGUACUCAAUAUGGCCAGUGAUUCUUAUUCCAUACAACUUACCCCCAUGGAUUUGCAUGAAACAAAGCAACUUUAUUCUCUCUAUGAUUAUUCCCGGUCCUAAAAUGCCUGGCAAUGACAUAGACAUAUACCUACAGCCCCUGAUCGAUGAGUUGAAGCAGUUGUGGGCCGGUGUUGAUACCUACGACGCCAGUGAGAAGAAAACAUUCAAGAUGCGUGCCGCGUUGAUGUGGACUAUUAGGGAUUUUCCUGGCUUGGGCAAUUUAUCUGGCUGGAAUACGUACGGCGGGAGAGCUUGCCCCACGUGCAAUUUGGACGCCGAGACUAGGCGACUCACCUUCAGUCAGAAAUGGUGUUAUAUGGGUCAUCGUCGCUUUCUGAAUCGUGAUCACAGAUAUAGACAGGACCGGAGUAGAUUUGAUGGCAAGGUAGAGGAUAGAUCCCCACCUACCAAAUUGACUGGCAGGGAUGUCCUGAGACAAUUGGACGGUGUGCCCGUCUCACAGGGCAAGGUGCAAGCGGUGGGCAGCAAAAGAAGGCGCGGACAGCAAACCGUGAUGCAAGAUGAGUCUCCCUAGAAAAAGAGGAGUAUAUUCUUUGAUCUGCCAUACUGGGAGAACAACGAAUUACGUCACAACCUUGACGUGAUGCACAUAGAGAAGAAUGUAUGCGACAACAUUGUUUUCACCAUGUUGAACGAGAGUGGUAGAUCCAAAGACCACUUAAAAGCUCGAAAAGAUCUCCAAUUUAUGGGAAUCAGGCAAGAUAUAUGGCCACUUGAAGGUGGAAAGUAUCCUGCUACAGUCUUUACCAUGUCCAAUCCACAGAAGGAUGUCUUUCUUAGGACUAUCAAGAAUGUGGUCUUCCCUGACGGGUACUCUAGCAAUAUCUCUCGCUGCGUUGAUUUAAAAUAUCGCAAGUUAUUCGGGUUGAAGAGUCAUGACUGCCACAUUUUGAUGGAACAUCUAUUGCCAAUUGCGUCAAAACACGUAUUGCCUACCACAGUGGCCGUCGUCCUGGCUGAGUUAUCAACCUUUUUCCGACUAAUAUGUAGUAAAUCCAUGGAUCCUCAACAACUUCCUCUCCUUCAGGAUCGUGUGGUCCAAACUCUAUGCCACAUGGAGAUGAUAUUUCCACCUUCCUUCUUCACAGUCAUGGUUCAUCUAACGGUGCAUUUAGUCGACGAGGUACGUAUUGGUGGCCCAGUGCAUUACCGGUGGAUGUACCCAAUCGAGAGGUAGAGAUCUACUUAAGCUUUCGCGUUCUGUUUUAAUGGGAUAGCUAUCAUAUAGUAAUUUAUAUGUUGUUGCCUUCCGAAGGUAUCUAUGUCAUCUCAAACAGUAUGUGCGUAAUAGGGCACAACCUGAAGGAUCGAUUGCAGAGGGUUACUUAUCUGAGGAGAUUCUCAUAUUCAGUUCAAGAUACCUAGAUAAUGUCGAGACUAGGAUCAACCGACCGACGCGUGUUGACGACCGGCCGAGCGAUGCUCUGCCGAGCGAGAUUGCCAGCAUGAUCCCAGAUGUCGGAAAGGUAGUCGGGGCAUCUUCAUUUUUUACUCUAACCGCAACCGAAAAGUUUCAAGCACACCGUCGUGUACUUGUCAAUUGCGGUGCUGUUGAGAAAUUCUUGGAGUAAGUACAGAGCCUGAGUUUUAAAUUUAUGCAGCGAGCCAAUAUAGCUUUAACGAUAGUAAAAUUGAACAUCUUUUUUCACCAUGCAUAGUGAGUACAGAGCCAUCACAAAGAGAAAAAUGCGAAGCAAAACAAGGUCCCAGUCUCUUAUAGAUAGUGUGGUGCACAGAGAAUUCCCCAACUGGUUUAGGCAUCAGGUCCCAUUUGGAAGCACCAGUCAUUCGAACGAGUUGCAAUGGCUUGCCUGUGGACCCCUUGCUCAGGCAAGACGCUAUCAAGCUUACAACGUCAAUGGAUUUAAAUUUAGAACCAUCUCGAGGGAGAAAGGGAUGAAAACACAAAAUAGCGGGAUUUAUGUCACUUCGGAUACUAGGAGUUAUGCAAGCAAACGGGAUGUCAAUGUUGCCGUCGGCGGUGCAUCGUACUACGGGAGAUUAGUAGACAUCAUCGAGCUAAAUUACAGUGGUCAGUUCAAUGUAGUCUUGUUCAAGUGUCUCUAGGCAGACACCACGUCGGGCAGAGGCAUACGACAAGACUAGUUGGGUCAUACCUGUGUCAAUUUUACCAAUCCGAUUCACACCGGUGAUCGAGAAGACGAUGAGCCGUACAUCCUAGCAUCUGAGGCGCGUCUUGUGUUCUACGUGGAUGAUGAGGUGGACAACAGAUGGAGUGUAGUAGUCCAUGUGAUGCCUAGAGAUUUGUUUGACAUGGGCGAAGAUUAUGAACAUUGUGAGGUCGACUUUCACCCCCAAAUAUGUAUGACGAGCUUGACUGAAUUUGAUGUCGAAGGCUUGCGGUUGACAAGAGAUGAGGUUUUAGAGGAAUCCACUCAUGACGUGGGUGAUGAUUGUGAUGAGGCCGCCGAUUCCUAAUAUACAUUUCUCCAUGAUGGAUGUAGCUCAUAUUCAUGAGAUUUUAUGCAUAUAUACUACUGUCAUGAUUCACCUAGGAGAGAUAGUUGAAUGUAUUCUAGUCAUUUCAUUAUCAGAAAAGAUAUCUCGAUUGAGUUAUUUCUUGUUAUUUAAAACUUAUCCCCUCAUAUAAAUCUCUAUUAUUUGACUGGGUUCUGACAUAAUUGGUCUUUUUUUUUCUAACUGUUGCCUCUCAUAUAAGAUUUCCUCCAAUCACAUUUUUAAUUGUCCCUAUAUGUUCUAUCUAUCUCCGUUGCC